GAAAGGAUCUUUAGAGCAGAACUAAAUGAUGUUGCAUUGCGGUUUCUAAUAUGGUUAAUGCAGGAAAUAUGAAUGGUUCUGGAAAUCUGAUGGAUUUUUUGGAUGAACCUUUCCCUGAUGUUGGCACUUACGAAGACUUUCAUACCAUUGAUUGGUUAAGGGAGAAAUCUCGGGAUACAGACAGACAUAGAAAGAUUACAAAUAAAAGCAAGGAAUCUCUAUGGGAAUUCAUCAAAAGUUUAUUGGAUGCCUGGUCGGGGUGGGUUGUGAUGCUUCUUAUAGGACUGCUGGCAGGCACACUAGCUGGAGUUAUAGAUUUAGCAGUGGACUGGAUGACUGAUUUGAAAGAAGGAGUCUGUUUAGCAGCCUUUUGGUAUAGUCAUGAGCAAUGUUGCUGGACAUCCAAUGAAACUACUUUUGAGGACAGGGACAAAUGUCUUCAGUGGCAAAAAUGGUCUGAACUUCUAGUUAACCAGUCUGAGGGUGCGAGUGCUUACAUUCUAAAUUACUUCCUAUACAUUUUGUGGGCGUUGUUGUUUGCGUUCCUGGCUGUCUCCCUGGUCAGGGUUUUUGCUCCCUAUGCCUGUGGAUCUGGAAUUCCAGAGAUAAAGACCAUCUUGAGUGGAUUCAUUAUUCGGGGAUAUCUAGGCAAGUGGACGCUCUUAAUCAAAACUGUAACUUUAGUUCUGGUGGUAUCCUCAGGACUCAGCCUUGGCAAAGAAGGGCCGCUCGUGCAUGUAGCCUGCUGCUGUGGCAACUGUUUUAGCAGCCUCUUCUCCAAGUACAGCAAGAAUGAAGGAAAAAGGAGAGAGGUGCUGUCAGCUGCGGCUGCUGCUGGUGUCUCUGUGGCCUUUGGUGCACCCAUUGGGGGUGUCCUUUUUAGUUUAGAAGAGGUGAGUUAUUAUUUUCCCUUGAAGACUCUCUGGAGAUCCUUCUUUGCUGCACUCGUGGCAGCCUUUACCCUGAGAUCCAUCAAUCCAUUUGGAAACAGCCGCCUCGUCCUCUUUUAUGUGGAGUAUCACACACCUUGGUACAUGGCUGAACUUUUCCCCUUCAUCUUGCUUGGAGUUUUUGGGGGAUUGUGGGGGACACUUUUCAUUCGAUGCAACAUUGCAUGGUGCAGAAGGCGUAAAACUACUAGGCUUGGAAAGUAUCCAGUCUUAGAGGUCAUUGCAGUAACCGCAAUAACCGCCAUUAUUGCCUACCCCAAUCCGUAUACACGAAGGAGCACCAGUGAGCUCAUCUCCGAACUGUUCAAUGACUGUGGAGCGUUGGAGUCAUCACAGCUCUGUGACUACAUAAAUGAUCCCAACAUGACUAGACCUGUGGAUGAUAUUCCCGACAGACCAGCUGGUACAGGAGUAUAUAUGGCUAUGUGGCAGCUAGCCCUGGCUCUUGUUUUUAAAAUCAUAAUUACCAUAUUCACUUUUGGCAUGAAGAUCCCUUCAGGUCUCUUUAUACCCAGUAUGGCUGUAGGAGCAAUAGCGGGUAGAAUAGUUGGAAUAGGUGUGGAACAGUUGGCCUACCAUCAUCAUGACUGGAUCAUCUUCAGAAACUGGUGUAGACCAGGAGCUGACUGUGUUACUCCAGGACUUUAUGCAAUGGUGGGAGCUGCUGCUUGUUUAGGUGGAGUUACCAGAAUGACAGUCUCACUUGUCGUGAUCAUGUUUGAAUUAACAGGAGGGCUAGAGUAUAUUGUGCCUCUUAUGGCUGCAGCUGUUACUAGCAAGUGGGUCGCCGAUGCCUUCGGCAAAGAAGGGAUCUACGAGGCACAUAUACAUUUGAAUGGCUAUCCAUUCCUGGAUGUAAAGGAUGAAUUUACCCACAGAACACUGGCUACUGAUGUUAUGAGGCCCAGGCGCGGAGAGCCUCCUCUUUCUGUCUUGACCCAAGACAGCAUGACUGUGGAAGAUGUGGAGACAUUAAUCAAGGAAACAGACUACAAUGGCUUUCCAGUGGUGGUUUCUAAAGAGCGUCUUAUUGGCUUUGCACAGAGACGAGACUUGAUUCUUGCAAUAAAAAAUGCAAGGCAGCGCCAGGAUGGUGUAGUAAGCAAUUCUAUUGUAUAUUUUACUGAAGAGCCUCCAGAGGUGCCUCCCAAUAGCCCUCAUAUGCUGAAGCUCAGGCGCAUUUUGAAUCUGAGCCCCUUCACCGUCACGGACCACACACCAAUGGAAACAGUGGUAGACAUUUUCCGAAAACUUGGACUCAGGCAGUGUCUUGUCACACGCAGUGGGAGGCUUCUGGGCAUUAUAACCAAAAAAGACGUGUUAAGGCAUAUGGCUCAAAUGGCAAAUCAAGAUCCUGAAUCCAUCAUGUUUAACUAGUCUGUUCCCAGCAGAGAGA